AGACCAGUGUCUCCAGUGCCCAGCUGUGUGUCCAUGAAGAGUGACUGGUCCAUGGAACACCCACUAUAUUUCAGGAGUGGACCACCACAGUCUGAUCCAAAGAGUAAUCUGACCCAGGAUCAGUCCAGGUGUGGAGUGUGUGAGCAGCUACUGAGGGACCCAGUCAUCACCAGCUGUGGACACAGUUUCUGCAGGCAGUGCAUCAGCAGCUACUGGAGCCAGUCUGGUCCAUCAGGAGACUACAGCUGCCCCCAGUGCAGAAAGAGACCCAGAACACAACCCACUAUAACUAUGGCACAGUCACUGUUAUACCCACCUACAGCCAUGACACAGCCACACCUAUGCCUACCAACAGCCAUGGCACAACCUCACCUAUACCCACCUACAGCCAUGACUCUACCUCACCUAUACCCACCUUCAGACAUGGCACAACCUUUGUCAUACCAGCACAGUGAAAUGGAACUUCAUCUGAACCCAUCUGCAAACAUGGCACAAGUUCCUCCAUCCCCACACACAGACAGGGGACAGCAUCCUCAGUACUCAGACUCAGCCAUGGGGCAGCAUAAUCAUCCACACAUCCAGCACCCUCUUUAUCCACACAUCCACGCGGCACAGAUCUCUCCACUGUCUCCUUUAGAUGAGCACACAGUCAUGAGAGGCAGCACCCAUCUGCAAACUGAGCAUGCUCCAGUCAAAAUGGACAAACUAACAGAUGACCGUGUCCUGAACAAAGUGCUGAAGACCCAUAAAGUUAAUAUGAAGAGGAGGUUUGAGAGCAUAUGUGAAGGCAUCAUCAGGUCAGGGACUCAAACACUUCUGAACAAGAUCUACACAGAGCUCUACAUCACAGAGGGAGAGAGUGAAGACGUGAAUAAUGAGCAUGAGGUUUGGCAGGUAGAGUCAGCAUCCAGGCCACAAAAAACAGAAGAUACAGCAAUCCGCUGCAAUGAUAUUUUCAAUCCCUUACCUGGACAGGAGAGACACAUCAGAAUGGUCAUGACCAAGGGGAUUGCUGGCAUUGGAAAAACUGUCUCAGUGCAGAAGUUCAUCCUUGACUGGGCAGAGGAGAGAGCUAACCAGGAUAUAGAUUUCAUGUUUGUGCUUCCGUUCCGUGAGCUGAAUUUGGUCAAACAUGAUCAGUACAGUCUUCACAGGCUCCUGCUUGACUUCCACCCUGAGCUUAGGGAGCUACAGGAUGGUGAAUACAAAGAUUGUCACAUUGUGUUCAUCUUUGAUGGUCUGGAUGAGAGUCGACUUCCACUGAAUUUCCAAGAGAAUCAGAGGUUGUCUGAUGUAGCACAAACAUCAUCUGUGGAUAUGCUGAUGACGAGCCUCAUUCAGGGAACUCUGAUUCCCUCUGCUCUCAUCUGGAUAACCUCCCGACCAGCAGCAACCAAUCAGAUCCCUUCUCAGUGCAUCAGUCAGGUCACAGAAGUACGAGGAUUCAAUGACCCACAGAAGGAAGAGUACUUCAGGAAGAGAGUCAGUGACCAGAAUCAAGCCAACAGAAUCAUCUCACACAUUAAGGCAUCUAGGAGUCUCCACAUCAUGUGCCACAUGCCAGUCUUCUGUUGGAUCUCAGCCACUGUCCUUCAGCAGAUACUGGAACAAGAUGAUGGGAAGGAAGCCCCCAAAACUCUGACUGAGAUGUUCAUACACUUUCUGCUCAUCCAGACCACCAGGAAGGGCCAGAAGUAUCAAGACGAAAGUGAGACAGACAGACAGAGGCUCCUGGAAUUACAUAAGGGUGUGAUAUUGAAACUGGCAGAGCUGGCUUUCAAGAAUCUGGAGAAUGGCAAUCUCAUGUUCUAUGAGGAAGACCUGAGAGAGUGUGGCAUUGAUGUCAGUGAAGCCUCAGUGUACUCUGGCAUGUGCACUGAGAUCUUCAGGGAGGAAUGUGUGUUCUACCACAAGAAGGUCUACUGCUUUGUCCAUCUGAGCAUUCAGGAGUUCUUGGCAGCCAUGUUUGUGUUUCACUCUUACAUGUCAGGACAUAUGGAGGCACUGAAAUCCUUCCUCGCUAAAAAACACAGAGACAAUCAAGCUCCCCUUCCUUUGCAUAUCCUGUUGAAGAGUGCUGUAGAUAAGGCUUUGGACAGCAAGAAUGGACACUUGGACCUUUUCCUCCGCUUCCUUGUAGGCAUCUCAGUGAAGAGCAAUCAAGCCCUCUUGCAAGGCUUGUUGACAAACACACACAGCAGCUCAGAGAGCAUCAAGAAAACAUGUAGCUAUAUCAAGAUUAUCAAGAGGAGGGACCUGUCACCUGAAAGAUGCAUCAAUCUAUUUCACUGCUUAUUUGAAAUGAAUGAUCAAUCCCUUUAUGAAGAUCUUCAGAAAUAUCUCAAAUCUCCCGAUGGCUUCACGGGUGAAUUGAGACCUGCCCACUGUUCAGCACUGGCCCACAUGCUUCUGAUGUCUGAGGAGGUGCUGGAUGAGUUUGACCUGAAGAAGUACAAAACAUCAGAGGAGGGAUGGAGGAGACUGGUGCCAGCUGUGAGAU